AUGACUACCGCUACCACGGCGACGUUCCACCCAUUUCCACACCUCCCCGCCGAGCUCCGCACUCGCAUCUGGGAGCUGACCGUCGAACCCCGUAUCGUAGAGGUCCGCGUGUUGUACGAUCAACCAAACCCUACUUACGUCGACGGAUUCGAGCCACCAGUCAAGUCGCCACCGCAGAUGCGCUACCUAUACUCGCUUACCCCAGUCCCGGCCCAGCUGCAAACUUGCCGUGAGGCCCGCGAACACCUCACCACAUGUCCCUAUUCCGCAUAUCGAUUCGAGAAGGCCUUUUCCGAGAUCGGUACAGUACCCCAAAACGGGACUGACCCUGUGCGCUACGUCUGGUUCAACUUCGAUAAAGACAUGCUCUCCGUUGGAAGGACAGAUUUACGCGAAUUCCGGGCUGUAGCCCACCAGAUUAACCGGCUACGACUUCGGCCAGUGCUCCCAGACGAUUGGUAUUCCAGCGCGGAGCCGUUGUCAAUCGACAGGUGGUUCAGAAAUCUUACCGAGGUCCACCUAGUCUGUUUAGAGGGCAUUGCGUUGGGCUACUUGACGACUUUAGAUUCCGACUUCCCCUGUCGUCCCGAGAAUGUGUAUUUUGUUGACCCAGAAGCGAAGGGCGUGACGAUGAUGAACAGUAGCGACUUGAAAGAUAUGAUUUUCAGAGAUGAUUGGUGGGUUUCAUGGCCAGCAGAACAGAUUUAA